GUGACGAUUGAAAUGGCUGACAAGUUCCAGUUUGCAAUUGAUCGAGGUGGCACCUUCACAGAUAUUUGGGCAAGAUGUCCUGGAGGUCGAGUGAAGGUCAUGAAACUGCUGUCUGUCGACCCAAAGAACUACCCAGAUGCCCCCAGGGAAGGAAUUCGGCGAAUCAUGGAAGAGGUUGGGGGGCGUGCACUCCCGCCAGAUGAGCCGAUAGAUUCUGCCCAGAUUGACUGGAUCAGGAUGGGAACGACUGUGGCCACCAAUGCCUUGCUGGAGAGGAAAGGGGAACGUAUGGCACUAGCCAUCACUAAGGGUUUUAGAGACCUACUUCACAUCGGCAACCAAGCCCGCCCAAACAUCUUUGACCUGGAAAUUGUGGCACCUGACCAGCUGUAUGAGGAGGUGAUCGAGGUUGAAGAGAGGGUUGUGUUCCAGCAGGAUAGAUGUGAGAUCAAGAAAGCUUGUCCCAUUGUGACUGGUACGACCGGUGAAAAGUUGGAGGUAUGGCGCUCUGUGGAUGUGUCACAGUUACGACAAGACCUACAACGUUUGUUAGACCGAGGGAUUCGGAGUCUGGCAGUUGUACUUCUUCACUCCUACACAUUUGCAGACCACGAACAGGAAGUUGGACGUGUGGCAAAGGAGAUGGGUUUCCACCAGGUGUCACUGUCAUCAGACGUCAUGCCCAUGGUCAGAGUUGUCCCUCGGGGCUACACAGCAUGUGCAGACGCUUAUUUGACACCAUGUAUCAAGAACUAUGUGGCAGGGUUUGCCUCUGGCUUUCAAGGUGGAGUACAGGGGACUCGUGUGUUGUUCAUGCAGUCUGAUGGUGGACUUACCCCUGUGGAUAAAUUUAACGGGUCAAGAGCGAUUCUAUCUGGCCCAGCUGGUGGAGUAGUAGGGUAUGCCCUCACCACAUAUAAGAAAGAGUCUAACCUGCCAGUCAUCGGGUUUGAUAUGGGAGGAACGUCGACUGAUGUGAGUCGGUAUGCUGGACAUUAUGAACAUGUGUUUGAGACCACCACUGCUGGAGUGACUAUUCAGGCUCCACAGCUGGACAUUAACACUGUGGCAGCAGGUGGAGGGUCAAUGUUGUUUUUCCGAGCUGGUUUGUUUGUUGUGGGUCCAGAGUCAGCUGGAGCAGACCCUGGGCCAACUUGCUACAUGAAAGGUGGACCACUGACCAUCACGGAUGCAAACCUCUGUUUGGGGAGAAUUCUGCCAGAUUAUUUCCCUAAAAUCUUUGGGCGGACACAAGAUAAGCCUCUUGAUGAAAAGUCAACACGAAAGGCCUUCCAAAAGUUGACCAGGGAGGUCAAUGAGUUUCUGUUACAUCAACACAGCACAGAAAGUCACCAGCCAAUGACGGAAGAAGAGAUUGCCAUGGGCUUUAUUCGUGUUGCUAACGAGACCAUGUGUCGACCAAUCAGAGCUCUUACACAAGCCAGAGGUCACGACACAUCACGCCAUGUUCUUGCCUGUUUUGGUGGAGCAGGGGGACAACAUGCUUGUGCUAUAGCCAGGUCCCUGGGGAUGACACAGGUAUAUGUACACAGAUAUGCUGGUAUCCUGUCGGCCUAUGGUAUGGCUUUGGCGGAUGUGGUCCAUGAAGCACAGGAACCUUGUGCAGGAAAAUAUGAUCAAAGCUCUUUUGCUCACCUUGAUAGUCGCAUUGAAUACCUUAGUGAUGUAUGUUCUAAAGAACUUCUGAAACAAGGAUUUGAUAACAAACAGGUGGAGACCCAACCCUUCCUACACAUGCGGUAUGACCGGACAGAUUGUGCUCUUAUGAUCUCCUCAGAGGGACAUCCUGCUGGGCCAGGGACGUGUAAAUACGGAGACUUCCGCAAAGCAUUUCAGGAAAGGUAUCAGACUGAAUUUGGCUUCACUAUACCUGACCGCCCAAUCAUCAUAGAUGACAUCAGGAUGCGAGGAGUUGGUAAAACGUCUGUCAGUUUAGAAGAAUCAACAGCCGAAUUCACAGAGCCACCAAGGGUGGAAAAGGUCACUCGCUGCUAUUUUGAGGAUGGACACUAUAACACAAACGUGUACUUACUGGAGGAUCUUGGGAAAGGUCAUGUGAUUGAAGGACCAGCCAUUAUUAUGAACGGAAACAGUACAAUUUUGGUAGAACCAGCCUGCACAGCAUCAAUAACAGCCAAUGGGGAUGUCAAAAUGAAGAUUGGAAGUGGAAAGUUGCAGGAGAUUGGUCCAGAGCUUGAUGCCAUUCAGCUGUCCAUCUUCUCCAACAGGUUCAUGAGUAUUGCAGAACAGAUGGGAAGGGUACUACAGAGAACAUCCAUCUCCACUAAUAUCAAGGAGCGACUGGACUUCUCAUGUGCUAUGUUUGGUCCUGACGGGGGACUAGUGGCCAAUGCUCCACACAUCCCUGUACACCUGGGAGCCAUGCAGGAGACAGUUCAGUACCAGCUUCGAGAGCUCGGAUCAAGUAUACAAGAUGGGGAUGUGAUUCUGUCAAACCAUCCACAGGCGGGGGGAAGUCACCUGCCCGAUCUGACUGUUAUCACACCGGUAUUUUAUCAUAAUGUGCCAAGACCUGUUUUCUUUGUGGCAAGCCGUGGACAUCAUGCAGAUAUAGGGGGGAUAACUCCAGGCUCCAUGCCACCACAUUCAAAAUCUAUACACGAAGAAGGUGCUGUGUUUAAAUCCUUCAUGCUAGUGAAAGGAGGGGUGUUCAUGGAGGAAGAGGUGACUGCAGCUCUCAUGGAGCCUGGCAGGUAUCCAGGCAGCAGUGGUACCAGGAAUCUCCAUGACAACCUGAGUGACCUCAAGGCCCAGGUAGCAGCUAACCAAAAGGGCAUCCGGCUGAUAAAUGAGCUGAUAGAUGAGUACGGUCUGGAUGUUGUGCAGGCUUACAUGGGCCAUAUACAGACAAACGCUGAGAUAGCCGUACAAGAAAUGUUGCGCGAGAUUGCUCGUAAAACCAAACAAAAGACUGGUCAGUCCAGACUGACCGCUGAGGAAUUCAUGGAUGAUGGGUCAAAGAUUUCCCUUGAUGUAGAAAUAGAUGAAGGAAAGGGAACAGGAAUGAUUGAUUUCAGUGGCACGUCAUUUGAAGUCCAUGGCAACUGUAAUGCUCCAAGGGCAGUAACUCUGUCUGCCCUGAUCUACUGUCUGAGAUGUAUGGUUGGCCAUGAUGUUCCACUGAACCAGGGCUGUCUCAAACCUGUCAAAGCCAUCAUACCAACAGGGAGUAUUCUUGACCCUUCAGAGAACGCAGCUGUUGUUGGGGGAAAUGUUCUGACAUCUCAGAGAAUUGUGGACGUUAUACUUAAAGCAUUUGGAGCUUGUGCUGCCUCCCAGGGUUGUAUGAACAAUAUCACUUUUGGGGAUGAGGCAUUUGGACAUUAUGAGACAGUGGCCGGAGGAGCAGGGGCAGGUGCGACUUGGGAUGGAAGGAGUGGCGUUCACAGUCACAUGACCAACACACGGAUCACAGAUGUUGAGAUUCUGGAGAGGAGAUACCCGGUGAUUGUGAAGCGGUUUCACUUAAACCCCAGAACAGGGGGUAGGGGGCAGCACAAUGGUGGAGAUGGUGUUAUACGGGAGUACCUAUUUAGGAAGCAGCUGACCCUCUCUAUAUUGACAGAGAGAAGAGUAUUCAAGCCUUAUGGUCUGGAUGGUGGUGAGCCAGGACACUUAGGAAAAAAUCUGAUGUAUUAUGCUGAUGGACGAAUUGUCAAUCUUGGGUCAAAGACCUCGGUAGAUUGCCAAGCAGGGGACGUGUUCCUGCUGCAGACUCCCGGCGGAGGAGGGUAUGGUACCCAAGAAAGUGCUGAUUCUAUUGAUGAGGACGAAGGCAGAAGGAAAAGGAGGAAGGUGGACGUACCAUCUAGUGUCGUGGGGCGCGGCAGUGUUUAUGAGUACAAAAGAACACAAGAGUCCGCGUAAUGUAUUUGAUAUUGUAUCUCAAAGUGUCAUCGUGAUAACCAUAGAUGAAAGAAAAAAAAUCAUUCUGGUGUUCACGCAGUUGAAAUCCAUCUUCAGAACCAUACACGCAUUUAAUUGAAUAUAUAUAAGAAUUGUCUCCCUCUGCAGACUGUCGUUGACAGGAAUGUUUUCAGUAUGUUUCUACAUAUUUCCUGAAAUGUGAACAUUCAUACAUAUCCGGUAGAAAUAAAGCAUGUUCUAAGAAGUAAUAAUUUGGUGGAGUUUUUCAGACGUUAGACGUGUUUUUGAUUUUCACAUUUCCCCCCUCCUUUUUAAGACACGGAAAAUAUUUCAUUUAGAUAUUCAGGUCCAGGUUAUGUUAUACAGUGAUUAUAUUAGAUAUGAAAUGAUUACUUCUCUACAUUUUGGUUUACUUCUGUGACCACCUGAAGCGUAUUGGUGCUAGAUAUAAUAGAAAAGUGAUGGUACGAAAACCUCACAUGUCUAAGAAAAGUUUAGCCUACAAAGUUUAGUUCAAAGUCGAAAAAAUGUAACGUUAUUUGAUCCUUAACAAUUUACAUUGGUGUAUCAUAACCAUCGCAAUUACUGUGUUUAUCAAGCAACUGCUUUUUCAGAUUCAUGUAAAGGUUUUGUUGCCCUAGAAGAAUAUUGUUCAUUUGCCCAAUCAUUCAUUACUUUUAAGCCAUUGUUUACUGAUUAUAUGAUUCGGUAGGACGUUUAAUAUGUGAUUUUUAUUUCAAAUUAGUUAGAAAUAACAAAAGUUUAGUAUAUCAAUAAUUCAUUUCUUAAUAUCACUGUAGGAUAUCGACUGUUAUGUAUUUUAGAUUUAUAUUAAUUUUUUUUAUUCAUUCAUUCAUUAUUGUGGUAUUGUUGCAUGUACAUAAAUGCAGGUGAUAGAAAUCAGUCGUACAUUUCAACUGUAACCAUUCUUUGCUUUAAAUCGACAUGCGUGUCUGUAAAGGGAAAAUAAAGUGUUGCUCCAGA